GGUACCAUGCAACAACUUCGUAUCGACUUGACCCGUUUACAAGCGGACUUCACCCGGCAGCAGCACCAGCUCGCAGACCAAACGCAGGAGUUGCAGCUGGCGCAAGCGAGGGUCGAACGGCUCACGCACUGCGAGGAACAGUGCGUCGUCCUGGAAGUGGUAUGUGUAUCGUAGUUGCUGCUUUUUGAGGACCUGCUCUCUCUUGCGCGUGCUGCAGCCGAUCGGCUGCAAAAUUGUCAACGUUGCACUUGGCUGUAGCGCGACGACGUCAUAAGGUUUAGGACACUUUUACCUAGUUUCAGUUUGCCGAGCAAAGAAGUAUGUGAAUGAGUUUACUUCUUAUCGCAGCACACAAUCACAAAGACAAAAGCAAAAUGCCGAGAACAAACAUGUUGAAAAAUUUUGAAAUUGCAGAAGAGCCGCGACCUGGAGGACAGAUUGAAGCAGUCCGAGAGGGCGCUCGAGAAAACAGAACUCGAUUGGCAGAAUCGUUUUAAGGAGGCGCUGCACGCGAUGAAACAGCGGUUACGUGAACACGAGGAGAGUGGUGUGAGCGUUGCGGUAGAAAGAUGCGAACAAGACGAAAAAGCUCCUGCUGCAACCGGGCAACUACCCGAGCAGCAGCGGACCUCUUCUAACACCUUAGCUAAGACCUCAACAUCUCACGGGUCGUCCGGCGGGAAGAACAAGCUGACUGUGUGUUCAGGAGGGUCUGCAGCAGGAUCAGUCUCGUCGAGAGGUUCUAGUAAAGACACAGGGGCGGGCGCCACCGCCACGGCCGCUGCUGCCGGGGAGACAAUGACGAGGACCACGGAAACUAC